AUGCAGCGAAUGAUACAAGGCCAUCAAGCGGUGCAACUGGUUUAUAAACGAAGCACCCAGCUUAGUAGGAACCGUCAACCUAUCCAAUUUAUUCAUAAAAUUCAAUGUCAUGGCGUACGAAGGGAUAAUGCAAAUUUCCCCAAAGACCAAGGUCUUUCUAGCUCCUGGUCUCUUGCAGCCUUUGGGGCUGGUGUGGUUGGGAGCCAGAAGCCGGUGGCUAAGUAUGCCGAUCAGGAAACCAUGUUAAAGGGCGUUCGGGCUAUAUCUGAUGCUCUUGGCCCAGAGUCAGUGACUACAGAUAGCGACGAUAUUAGCUUCCAUUCGUAUUCGGACGUGUCGACAUCGCACUGUGCAGCAAGACCAGUGGCUGUUGUUACGCCGAAGAGCACGCAGGAAGUUUCGGUAAUUGCUCGGAUAUGCUCUGACUAUAGGAUUCCAAUGAUCCCAUUUGCUGGUGGAUCCAGCGUCGAGGGGAAUUUCACCGCUCCAUAUUCGGGAAUUAGUAUCAAUUUCUCUCAGAUGAACAAGAUCAUUGCUUUCCAUGAAGACGAUACGGAUGUCGUCAUCCAGCCCGGAGUCAAUUGGGUGGACCUCAACGACAGGAUCAAGGAGAGCGGACUCUUUUUACCCAUGGAUCCGAGUCCAACUGCUCUUAUUGGUGGCAUGGUUGCGACAAAUUGCAGUGGAACAAACGCGGUCAGAUACGUCGUCCUGGCAGAUGGCUCUGUCAUCAAGACUCGACACCGACCGCGGAAAGCAUCAGCUGGUUACAACCUUAACGCUCUAUUUACCGGCUCCGAAGGGACAUUAGGAAUGAUCACAGAAAUUACACUCAAGCUCGCACCGGUUCCGGAAACCCAAAGUGCCGCGGUUGCUACUUUUCCUUCCGUCCGGGACGCAGUAUCAUGCACCACGAAGACCAUGCGCCAGGGGAUCCCGGUCGCUGCGGUAGAGCUUAUGGAUGAGGUACAGAUGCAAGUCAUUAACAAGAAUGGUGGAGCGGGUGGGAGAAUCUGGGAGGAAAAGCCUAUGCUGAUGUUCAAAUUUUCGGGUACAGAGCAGUCUGUAUCCGCUCACAUUGAGAGGGUCGAAAUGAUGAUCUCUCAGGCGGGAGGCAGUGCAUUCGAGUUUGCGCGCACAGAGAAAGAGAUGCACAACCUAUGGUCUGCUCGAAAGGAAGCCGUGUGGGCGAUGUGUGCCCAGUGGCCGGAGGGUACGCGAAUAUGGUCUACUGAUGUCGCUGUGCCGUUGUCCAGCUUAUCCGUAAUUAUUGACCUAUCGAAAACGGAAUCUAGUUCAUUGGGACUAUUUUCCAGCGUUCUGGGACAUGUUGGCGACGGAAACUUCCACCAAGCUGUGAUGUAUGAUCCUAGUGACUCGUCUCAGGCGCACGGAGUACAGGAAUGUGUCAGGAAAAUGGUCCAUAGAGCGGUUGAGAUGGAGGGGACUGUCUCAGUAUGUUGCCUGCCAGAGGCCUUUCUCUUAGCUCUGACUGACUGGCUUUGCUAG